UGCACACGGCCCGCCAUCUUUUUUUCCUGAAUGGUGCACACGACACGAGCAAAUCCCUAGAUCCGUGCGAAAAAUUGGCUAAAGUUUUACAAUUUGUAAACUUUCAAAACAACAGUGCACGUGGGACCCUAGCAAGACUUCUGAGGAGGUGGACAGCUGAUACGAGGCACUGUGAAUGAAAUGGCAUUUUUAACGUGGAGUAAACCUGGAAAUCCAUUUUUUAUUCAGCUUUAUAUGGACUACAUAUGUUUAUUUAUGUUGUGCUGUUCACAUCUAUGGUAUGCUGAAGCACAGAGUGGGCAAGGUCUCCAUGCAGCUAGUGAACUUAAAGAAGCUCUGUGUAAUGACCCUAAUGGCACAUCCUUUAAUGCUUGGACUGGAGAUUGCAUGUCGGACCUUUUCAUGAAGUAUGGAAAAGAUGGGAAGUUAGAAUAUGAUGGAUUUAGACAACUCUUGGACAAUGUAGGCCUUGGUGUUGUAAGAGACAGCCUGAUGCACCCUAAAACUCAUGAAAAGAAUACUUCUCACACUCAUCAUUCUGAGGAAACAGACCACUUGCAUGAUCACACACCAAACAGGCGAAAGAGAGAGGAGGUGAAUUCUACCGCAAGUUCAAAUACAAAGGGAAUUCAUAACACACAGCAUCUUGAUCAUCAUCAAACCGAAUUUGAGCAUGCAACUAAGUGCCUGUCUGCUGAUGAAAUCCUAAACACGCUGAGCCUGAUCCCCAGCGAAGGCAUUGUACCUCUCCAAUUCCUCCAGCUGUGCCCCAUCCUACUCCAGCAGUUGGACAGUCACGCUUGCAUCGUGUAUGACAUCCAUGGACCGGGUGAUGAGCAUAACCAUUCUGAUGAGCACUCAACGCCACCACCUGAAGAACCUUCCAAGACACAUCUAGGACAAUUAUGGGGGUACUCCAUCGGAGCAGUGACUAUGAUCAGUGUUGCUUCGGUAACAUGUAUCAUGAUGGUGCCAUGUAUUCAACGCUUCCCUCUUGCGUACGGUCGUCUGCUAUCCUUUCUGGUUGCCAUGGCAGUGGGAACGCUGAGUGGAGACUCUGUUCUCCAUCUUCUACCUCAUUCCUUUGGAAUACACGCACAUGAUGAGAUACAUGUAGAUGUAGAAGUACCAACAGAAGUGGCAUCCGAUUCACAUUUCCAUCCAACUUCUGCUCCUUCCGCUGAGGCUGACAAGCAUGUGGUUGUGUGGCGAGGAUGUGUGGUACUGUUAGGCAUCUUCAGCUUCUUUAUCUUUGAGCAGAUGAUGCGCAUGUGUAAAAAGAGGCCCAAGAAAAGACUUAUAUCACUUGUUGAGGAGCCACCAAGUCAGCGAGAAAGGAGUUGUCAUAGCAACCAUAGUGAUGAGGAGUCAAAGCCAUCUCUUUCAGAGGAGGGAAACCAAAAUGGAUCGGGGAGUCAAGACAUAGGAGAGAGGCUAUGUAACCAUAAUGAUACAGCAAAUGAAUUGAUUCCCAUGAUGCAUCAGAGAGGAACAGAUGAAGCUAAAGUGGUAAAUGAGCAUUGCCCGGGGGUCUUCAGCUUUAAGCACAAAUCAGCUGUCAUUCCACACGUGGAGCUGAAUGACAAAGAGAAAGCAGAUGAGGAGAAGGAAGAGAAGAAGAGUCAAUCUAGCCUUGAUUUGAGCAUGAAAAAGGACCAGGAGAGUAGCUAUGGAGGUGUGUCAACCAGUAUAUGUAAGGACACUGAUCUAUUCAGUGUUUCUACUCCCAAGAAGGUUGUUGAAUCAGAUGGCCUUUCAUCCACUCCGGGCAACCAUGAGCAUUCAUACCACCAGCACAACAGUGAUCAUCAUCAUCAUCAUUUUCAUCAUCAUCAUCAUGGACAUAGUCAUCAUGGACACAGCCACGCCAAUACUGGAAAGAUGGGCAUCUCUGCCAUUGCUUGGAUGGUUGUGAUGGGGGAUGGGGUGCAUAACUUCACCGAUGGACUUAUUGUUGGAGCGGCCUUCGCAGAUAGCUUGGCUGGCGGUCUUAGUACAGCCAUUGCAGUCAUGUGCCAUGAGAUACCUCAUGAACUCGGUGACUUUGCUGUGAUGUUGCGAGGUGGUAUGAGUAUCAAGCAAGCAUUGGCAUUCCAGGCAGUCUCAUCCAUCCUAGCCUAUGUUGGCAUGGCAAUAGGCCUUAGUAUAGGACACCUCAACUCCGUCAGUCUAUGGAUCUUUGCGUUAGCUGGAGGAGCAUUUCUUUACAUAGCACUAACAGAUUUGUUCCCUGAGAUGGUGGAAAGUCUGAACAACACCACAGACAGUAAGUCAUGUCAUCUCUUGCUUCAGGUUCUCGGUGCACUGUUUGGAAUCGGUACCAUGCUUGUUAUAGCGCUUUAUGAAGAACUCCUUAUAGCAGCACUUUCUACAUAGGAAAUUCCUUUAAAAUGUGGUUGCCAUGGUGAUUCAAAUUGUUGUGAUUGAGAUAUAGUCAAUCAACACUGGCAGAAUAUUGUAAAAAAAAUUACCUGCACCCAGCCUGUGGAAGGUUGCUGAAUUUACUAUGAAGAGCUAGUUGAUAGAGAGGAUGGCAGGAGAGAAACAUGGCAUAUCAUUUGAGAGAUGGGCUUGUACCAGCUUAAAAGUUAUCUUUGAUAUAAAAACUUUACUUUUGUUUGAAUGUUCUGACUUUGUAAAUUGUUGUGGGUCACAAAUUUAACAGCGUUUAAAAUAUGAAUGUUUAGUUUUUGUGUGUCAGAAUUUGUAUGUUUGUUGCCUUGUACAUUUCACUGUAAUACAAACAAUAACAAGAAACAAAUGUGUAUAUUGCAAACAUAAUGGCUGGUAUUGUUUCUAUGUAUUAAGGAAUCUGUGAUUUGUCAUUAUUCCUGGGAUAGCUACAUGUAAAUGAAGCUUUUUAUUUUUACACCGGAGAAUGAAUUAUUGAUACGAGAGCCUAGUUUUUAUCACCUCCAUGUAGAAGUAGAAAUUCUUAUGUCUCAGCUUUAGAGCAUUGAGUUUGUGAUUACAGCCAUGUGAGACAGGCUGUGCACUAAAAACUAUGAUUGGUUCUUUUAAUUUAUUGCACAAAUUAUCAAUUAGUAAGGGUAAAAACCCUCUAUUUUCAAUCAAUUGUAACAUUUUGUCUUAUAGGGUAUUGGAUAGUCUGCAUGAGAAUAAUUAAGUCAUUGCACCUGUGCCCUUUUAUGAAACACAAAGCCAAUCGCUAUUGUAAUUUAAUCCUUGGUUUCUGAAGAGAAUCAGGAUUACAUAAUUGUUCGGUUAUAUACAUGUAUGUACAAUCUAUAGGCCUGUGCCUUUACUGCCAAAUAAGCAAAUCAACAAACAGUGAUUGCAAAUACCUUUUCUCAUCCUGCUCUUUAUAAACAAACCUUUGUUCAGGAAUGGGUAAUUUCAAAAUUCUUUCCUAUCGCUUUUCAAAGAAGAUAUAAACAGGUUUAGCAAAGUUAGUCUUUGUGUUGGCUCUAUGGAUGGACACUUAUGUGAUCAUGCUGUGAACAAAAAUAUCUUAUUUGAUUGUGGGUCAAUUGAAUGUGAAUGUAAAUGCUUUAAUAUCUGAUAUUUUUCCCCUUUCCCCGUCUUAUAAGAAAGGUUGUAAUUUCUGUAGAAUUGAUAAGUUUUCCAUACAACAUCACCAGAUUUUGUCUUCAGAUCUCAAUAAGAAUAGAUCCAAUGAUAAUGUGUCAUAAUUAGUUCAACUUGGUGCCAAUUUAAAUUCAUUUUGUUGUUGGGAGAGGAGUUGGAGCUAUUUUGUGCAAUAUCAUGAAAUUGUAAUCUGACAAUGUGCUAUAUGUAAUAAAAUAAACAUCUGAUCACCAAAUUACAUGUCUAGUUCUAUGGACCUACAUGUAAACAUGUCCAUGGACUGACCCCAAAUAUAGUAUACAUUUAUAAAGUCAAUACACAACCAUUCAUAUGCAACAAUAACCUGUCAAUCUACAUUUGUCCAAUAAUGAAACAAUGUUUAAAUAGAAAAGACAGUUAAAAAACUAUAAUCAUUGUUUAAUAUGAAAACCCCCAAGAUUCUAACCAUAGACCAUGACCAUAUAACUCUUCUCCUCUCCCCCUCCCUCUUUCUCUUUUCCUUGCUCUUUCUAUCAUUUUCUCCCCUUUU